AUGCAGUUGAGCUCAUUGUUCAAGAUGCUUCUCUAUCUUUGCACACUUCUGCUUUUUAAUAAGCUUAAAGUAAGUGUGGGAAAUGCUUCUUGCCAAAUAAUGGGAGAACCGAAGUACCCUCUGCUUUUCAAGGAUGGAGAUGUGACUAUUGGUGCACUUUUCCCAGUCCACAGCAUAGAAACAACACCUUCAUUUGAGUUUACACAAAAACCUCAGCUUUUAUCAUGCUCCAGUGUGAGUCUGAGAGAUUUUCGUCUGGCUCAAAUCUUGAUCUUUGCUAUUGAGGAGAUAAAUAGAAGUGAAAGCUUGCUCCCAAAGGUUUCCCUUGGCUACAAGAUUUAUGAUACCUGUAGCUCAAAAUUGUCUUCCAUGAGUGCAACUAUGGCAUUGAUGAAUAGUUUUGAGUUUGCAGGAAGAGACAAAUGCAACAGGCAGACUUCUAUACAUGCUAUCAUUGGAGAAACAGAGUCUUCUGCCACAGUGAUCUUGACUAGAACCACAGGACCUUUCAAAAUUCCAGUAAUAAGUCAUGCAGCCUCCUGUGAAUGUCUGAGUAGUAGAAAAGAUUAUCCCUCAUUCUUCAGGACUAUUUCUAGUGAUUACCAUCAAGGUAGAGCUCUUGCAUACAUAGUCAAGCACUUGGGCUGGUCUUGGGUGGGAGCUGUGAACAGUGACAAUGACUAUGGGAAUUAUGGAAUGGCCAUAUUUCUGAAUACAGCCCAAAAAGAGGGAAUUUGUGUGGAGUACUCUGAGAAAUUCUACAGGACAGAGCCCGAGAAACUAAAAAAAGUGGUAGACACAAUUAAAAAGAGCACUGCAAAAGUUAUUGUUGCAUUUAUUUCAUUUCUUGAAAUGAGAUUACUUGUUGAGCAGUUAAGUGCUGAAAACAUUACAGGCCUCCAAAUAAUUGGUGUGGAGGGAUGGACAACUUCAAAGAGUUUGGUUACUCCAAGAACAUUUAAUGUGCUGAGAGGGUCACUGGGUUUUGCAAUAAGAAAAAUUUAUAUUGAAGGUUUUGCAGAAUAUGUUUUAAAAUCCUUCUGGGACACAGCUUUCCCAUGCAUACAGAAUCAGAGGAAUGAUUCCUGGGUCAUAUUAAAUUGCAGCAGAUAUCAGGAUCUUCUUGUUCUGAAAAAUUACAUUGAAGAUGUGCCUGAACAUAGAUUUUCAAUAAAUGUCUACAACGCAGUUUAUGCUGUGGCUCAUGCACUGCACAGUCUAUUUAAGUGCAAUGAACAAGAGGGUUGUGAGAAAGACCUGUUGAUACAACCACAGCAGGUAGUUGAUGCACUGAAAAGGGUAAAUUUCACUGUAAAGAUGGGAGAUCGUGUGUGGUUUGACAGCACUGGUGCAACACUAGCCCAAUAUGAGGUCGUGAACUGGCAGCAGAAUUCUGAUGGAUCAGUCAAUUUUAAAAAAGUUGGAUACUAUGAUGCCUCUCUGCCUACUGACCAGCGCUUUGUGGUUAACAGCAAAGAGAUACUUUGGGCAGGAGGAAACCUGAAGAAGCCAAGAUCUGUGUGCAGUGAGAGCUGUCCUCCAGGCACCAGGAAGGCAGCACAGAAGGGAAGACCUGUCUGCUGUUAUGACUGUAUUCCAUGUGCAGAUGGAGAAAUCAGUAAUGACACAGAUUCAAAUAACUGCAAGCAGUGUCAAGGGCAAUACUGGUCUAAUGCUGAGAAAAAUAAAUGUGUUCUAAAGACUGUAGAGUUUCUUUCAUUCACAGAGAUAAUGGGUAUAGUGCUUGUUUUUUUCUCACUAUUUGGAGCAGGAUUAACUCUGCUGGUGGCAAUUAUCUUUUACAGCAAGAAGGAUACUCCCAUAGUAAAAGCCAACAACUCAGAGUUGAGCUUCCUGCUGCUCUUCUCACUGACUCUGUGUUUCCUCUGUUCACUUACUUUCAUUGGUCAGCCCACUCAAUGGUCUUGUAUGUUGCGUCACACAGCUUUUGGGAUCACGUUUGUCCUCUGUAUAUCCUGUGUUUUAGGAAAAACAUUAGUGGUGUUAAUGGCCUUCAAGGCUACACUUCCAGGAACCAAUGUCAUGAAAUGGUUUGGGCCUGUACAACAACGACUAAGUGUUCUUGCCUUUACAUUUAUACAAGUUUUAAUCUGUGUGUUAUGGCUAUCAAUAUCUCCCCCAUUUCCCCACAAAAAUAUGAAAUAUUAUGAAGAAAAGAUUAUUCUUGAGUGCAGUUUGGGUUCCACUGUAGGUUUCUGGGCUAUUUUGGGAUAUAUUGGCCUACUGGCUGCCUUGUGCUUCAUUCUGGCUUUUCUGGCUCGGACACUCCCUGAUAAUUUCAAUGAGGCCAAAUUCAUCACAUUCAGUAUGCUCAUAUUCUGUGCUGUAUGGAUCACAUUUAUUCCAGCUUAUGUUAGUUCUCCCGGAAAAUUCACAGUAGCUGUGGAGAUAUUUGCCAUUUUGUCUUCAAGCAUUAGUUUACUAUUGUGCAUUUUUGCACCUAAAUGUUAUAUAAUCCUUCUUAAGCCUGAACAAAAUACAAAGCAAUACAUGUUGGGAAAAACAACAUCUAAGUUCUACUGA